CUUUUCUUCCCCAACCAAUGCAAAACCCUAGGAAGGCAGCCGCCGCGUAUCCCCGACCGCCAUAGCUGAAGCUCCGUGUUUGAGCCAAAAAUCCGGAAAUCCUCGUAGCACCACAACCCACGGGGCGGCGGCUGCUCGAUCCUAGAGGGCGAGAAGAUGACGCAGAAGCAGACCAUGUUCAAGGGGCAGACCAAGAAGAAGUCCAUCCCUCCCAGCCGCCACGGCAAGGCGCCCCACAUCCGCAAAGGGAAGAGGGCCGUGAAGCCGACCAAGUGCACCAAGGACAUGGACGCCGACAAGGAACUCACAAAGUUCAUCAACCACGCCAAUGAAAUAAAAGCUGCAAAUAUUGCUAGCAAACAAGGCGGUGACCUCAGCAUAGUGAAGCAGGACGCCGAUACUUCCAAUUCAAAGCAGUAGGCUGGAAGCACUUGCGUGUGCGAGACAAGACAAGUGUGUGAAACGAUCCAUACAUGAUAUGUUGUGCUGCCGAAAUUAGAUCCAAAUUGAUGGGUAGAAGAGUAUGCUUAUAGCUAAAUCAUGGUGUAAUCUGUAGCCAGUUUUGUGGGUGUGGAAUCCAAGUUUUGUCCUGUGAAUCUCUUUUCUGGUAAUCUCUUUUCUGGUAUGCGGAAGUUUUUGUGGCUAUUGAACGAUCCACUUGUAAUAUAUCGUUAUCUUAACAAAGUUCUUUCAGACGAUUAACAAGAUUGCCGUGGCCGCGUAAACCUGAA